GGCACAACACUCGCUCACUCGUUCUUUCACUCUUGCUCGUGUUCGAGCUGUCUCCUUCUCCGACCUCUGCUCCGAAUCCGUCGUCCGCACCGGUCGAAUAGCCAUGGCUCCACCCGCCAAGGGAGGGUCUCUCACCAAAGGUGGGAAGACCGAUCAAAAGUCUCAGGCCGCGAAAGCUGCCAAGGCAGUGAAGUCUACGGCUGUCAUCAAGAAGAAGUGGAGAAAGGUUCGCACAUCUGUCACCUUCCACCGCCCCAAAACCCUCAAGAGGGCUCGUGCUCCCAAGUACCCACGUAUCUCUGCUGCCCCAAGGAACAAGCUUGACCACUACGAGGUGCUCAAGUACCCAUUAACCACUGAGUCAGCCAUGAAGAAGAUCGAAGACAACAACACCUUGGUUUUCAUCGUUGACGUUAGAGCCGACAAGAAGAAGAUCAAGGAGGCUGUGAAGAAGAUGUACGACAUUCACACCAAGAAAGUCAACACCUUGAUCAGGCCCGACGGACAGAAGAAGGCCUACGUCAGGUUGACAUCGGACUACGAUGCUCUAGAUGUUGCCAACAAGAUCGGAAUUAUCUAAAUGGUUCCCCCCUUUCUAUUAGAAAUACUGCGGACUAUGUUGCUAAAAUUUCAAUACACUGCCCAAUAUUUUUUUGGCGAAUUUAAGUGUUACCGUCCUCCUUAAUCAGUAUGAGAUGGUGAGUCGUCCUCGGGACCACCCGAGAAUGCGUCGAAAUUCUGAGGGGAUGUGAAACCCUGACACGCUGGGAACAGGCUUGAGUGCGUUGCGCUUGUGCAGCCUGAUAGAUGACUGGUGCAAGGGUAGUUUUUCUGAGUGUUCUUUAUGCUCUCACGGCUAAUUGUGCUUUUCUUUUGAGAAGAGACACGAAAGCGCUCUUGUAAUUUUAAUCGAGCAAGGAAGAACAAAGGCACGUCCAAAAUUGGAAGGAAAUCACGAUCCUGAGCCUUUGUAGCAUGUCGCAGCCAAGGAAAACAAUUUUGCUACUG